CUUCUUCUUCUUCGGCGUUUAACGGCAGCUGGCAUCCUUGUAGAUGCAUUGCUUCCAUCUUUUUUUUUUUCAGUCUGUUAUUACACUCUUAAAUCCUACUACUUAUUCCUGCAUCUUUUAGGAUCUUACAAAGCUUCAAAUGACGUGCUGACUGUUAAAUUAGUCGUCAACGAUUUUGAUAGUCGACCUAAUCAUGACUAGUCGACUAAUCGUGGCAGGCCUACAAUUACGUCAUUAUUUCAAACUUUGGUUGUCUUUCAUAGAAACAUAUGCAGAGAAACAGCUGAGUACUAGGCUGGUGUUCCUGAAUUUCCUGACAGGUGUAGACAUCUGAAGUAUGAUUCCAGAAAAACGUGAUUCAAUUAUAUGCAUGUGUUGAUGACCUGUUGGUCCUCAGGUAUCUUCAGGGUCAACAAGAGGAAGCACUGUCACUUUUAAACCAAUCAGAGGAGACCAUCAGGGAGAGUUACGGUGAUGAGAGUGAGAGGCGGCUCAUUGUGACGUAUGGAGACAUGGCCUGGCUGAAAUAUCAUGUUGGAAACUUUGCACAGUCAAAAAGCUACUGUCAGAGAGUCGAGGACAUACUGGUGAAGUGUCCCACUGGUUCAUCAGGAAGUCUCCUUCCAGAGGUGUACGGAGAACAAGCCUGGACCUACCUCAAGUUGUCAAAAUCUUACUACUUAAAAGCUGUUGAGAGUUUUCGUAAAGCACUUGAGAUACAGACUGAUGACAUUGAGUCGAAUGCCGGCUACGCCAUCGCCCUCUUUCGAACAGAAGAGUGGGUUUUAGAAAACUUAGAGGAAAAUGAGGAGCCUCCAUCCAUCAAACAGCUUCACUCUGCCCUGGAGCUCAACCCCGAUGAUGCUGUUCUGCAGUCCAUGCUGGCUGUAAAGCUCGCAGCCUAUAAGAAAUACGAAGAGGCUGAGGGUCUGCUGAAGAAAGCACUGAAAACUGAUCCUGAUAACCCUCAUGUCAGCCGCUACGUAGGAAAAUACUUUCGUAAUCAUCAUCAACUGGAUGAGUCUAUUGAUAUGUUGGAACGAGCGUUGAAGAGGGCCACCCAGUCGUCUUUCAUCCACCACCAGCUGGCGCUGUGCUACAUGAGGAAGAAGAUUGCUGAGCAGAGCCGCAAGCCCUUCAGCAGCCAAAGAGAGGUGCGGUACUGGAGGCGUCGUUGUAUUCGUGAAUUGGAAAUGGCUGUUAAGAUAAAGCCGACCUUUCAUCUAGCAUGGGCUGACCUGGCACUGCUGUAUGCAGAGGAAAGGAAUUUCAGAAGGGCAGAGGAGAUUUUCCAGCAGUGCUUGUUGAAGUUACCAGAAUAUGAUGAAAGCCUUUCUCAAGCUAUCCAUCAGCGCUAUGGUGACUUUCAUUACCAUCACAAAAGAAAUGAAGCUCAAGCCAUCGUUCACUACACCAAGGGUCUCCUGAUACCACUGAAGAAAUAUGAGAAGAAAGUCUGUGCUAAGAAACUCAAGAAGAUCGCUGAGAAACGUCUGUCAAGGAAUCCAGGUGAUGGCGAGGCUCUCGCUCUGCUGGGUCAGGUGGCCAGAGCUGAGGGCAACAGGAAGGAAGCUGCUGAGUUUUAUGAGAAAGGUCUGAACUGUGACAAGGACAAUGAAGAGUACCUGUCUGCUCUGUGCGAGCUGCGCCUGGACCUGCAUUGAUCAUCCUCUGAUUAAUCAUGAUCAAUGCACUCCUGUUACAUCAUACUUCAGCCCGCUGAAUGUGGACUUGAUCCAUGUGCUUCAAGGUCUGCACAAGUCUAACAAAUGGAGCCUUUUAUUCAUACCUUUCUGUUAGGUAUUAAAUUAUAAACAACGAAGCAUUACACACAUCAGGGCCACUUUUAUUAGAUGUUUCAGGCAUGUGUGGUGCUGGGUGGAGCUCUGUCACCAGCACCCGAAAAAACUGAGUUUAAAAAUGGUGUUUAGUGAAUUCCAUUAAAUUAAAGUCACACUUAUGCUGAAGACUAAUUCAGACUAGUGCUGGGCCAUAUCAUUCCGUUCAUGGUAAUACCGGCGUAAUGUUAGGCAAUGAUAAGAAAA